UCCCGCGGAGCUCGCCAGCAACUGCCUCCCAACGCCAACAGUCCACGCUCCGCUCGGACAGGCGACGCGGUGACCGCCAGCGAUGGGGAUGGAGAUGCAGCACCGCAAGCCGGCGGCACAGCCCGCGUUUCGGCCACGCCGCGUGGCGGGCCCAGUGGAGGAGAGACAGGCAGAAGCGGCACGGUCAGCGGCAGUGAGGCAAGCCAGGCUGUCCGCAGCCCGACGGCCGAAUACCUCCUUUCUCCGCUGCUGGGUUGUCCGAAAAGAAAGAGCUGGAUCUCAGAAGAUGAUUUCUACAGGCCUUCUCCGGGACAGAGCAGCGAAAGCACGGCUGACACCAACGGCUUUGGGCCGGAGGGGGCUGACGAGGGUCCAGCCCCAGGGCUCAUUAGCGCUCUUGACUUGGAAAGGCUGUCGGUGCCGUCCUCGGAGAGCGGGAAGCCCAAAAUGUCACCCGAACGGGAACAAAAGGGCUUCAGCGUUGUGCAUCGCAGGCAGAUGGGUCUUUCCAACCCUUUCCGAGGGCUCCUGAAGCUGGGCAGCCUGGAGCGGAGAGGAGCCAUGGGGAUAUGGAAGGAGUUUUCCUGCGAACUGUCGCCACUGGAGCUCCAGCUUUUUUUGGACCACGAGGACCGCAUCUGCGUCGAGAGCUAUUCCCUGCUGCGGUGCGAGUCGCUGGCGCUGACACACUCGGAUGGCCGUUUCGAGCUGGUUUUCCUGGGGAAAAAACUCUACCUACGAGCUGCUUCUCGAGAUGAGGCUGAGGACUGGUUAGACAGGAUCCGCGAGGCGCUGCAGAAAUGCCGGCCUCAGCUGGAGGAGGAGGAGUGGGAGACACUGGAGUAUCCAGAAGACGGUGGUGAAGGCCAGCCCAUCCAGAGCGACUCAGCUGCUCUUCUCCAGUACAGCGACAUGCCUGGGAACAGCUUUGACUGGACUUCAGCUCACGAACCGGAGCUGGAUGCAAUCAAAGAGGCUAUUCUCUACGUGGACGUAGACAAAACCUGGGUCCCCUUUAUUUUUUCCCUGUCUCUAGAAACUUUAAAGUGCUUUAAAGUCAGAAACAACGAUAAAAUUUUAAGCAACAGUUACGGUAUAGAGACCAUCCAAGACAUCCUUCCAGACACGAGCCUUGGGGGACCUGCCUUCUUCAAGGUGAUCACCUCCAAAGCUGUCCUGAAGCUGCAGGCUGAGAACGCAGAAGAAGCGGCCUCGUGGAGGGAGCUGGUCCGAGGGGUGCUCAUGUCCUACCUGGAGAGCGCGGAGGAGGCGCUGACGUUGGGUGGCAGCUUGGACGGGCACUCCCAGGUCAUCCUGAAGAACAUCGUGAAGGAAAACGGCUUCUUGUUGCAAUACCUGGUGGCCAUCCCCACGGAGAAGGGCCUGGACUCACAGAGCUUCAUUUGUGCAGGCUGCUCCAGGCAGAUCGGCUUCUCCUUCGCGAAGCCCAAGCUCUGCGCCUUCUCUGGUCUCUACUACUGCGACAGCUGCCACCGGGACGAGGAGACGGUGAUUCCCUCGCGCCUCAUCCACAACUGGGAUCUGACAAAACGAGGGGUUUGCCGGCAGGCUUUGAAGUUCCUCACCCAGAUCCGUAAUCAGCCGCUGAUCGACCUGAAGCUGGUCAACGAAAGCCUCUACGACCACGUGGAGAGGAUGGGACGGAUCCGCCGGAGCAGGGAACAGCUGAAGCUGCUGGGAGAUUAUCUCAUCAUGUGCCGCAGCGGGGCCCUGAAGGAGCUGAGCAAGCGGCUUGAUCACAGGCACUACCUCUUGGAGUGUCCCCACAAAUACAGCGUCGCUGAUCUGAGGCAGAUAGCCGAUGGCGUCUUUGAGACCUUCCUGCAGUCUCUGCUCCAGUUUGCUUCCCAUCACGUCUACAACUGUGACCUGUGCACCCAGCGAGGCUUCAUCUGCCAGAUCUGCAACAGCAGCGACAUCAUUUUUCCCUUCGAGUUUGACACUACCACCAGGUGA